AUAUUUGGAUGAGGACUUUGUUUUUUACUUCAAAAAGAGCAAACCCGAUUCGAAUUCAAAGAUUCCGGAAGAAGAUCUUGAGAUCUUUGUUCAAAAAUGGCCAUUUUCAGUUCAAUCUCACUCAACAUAG